AUGGCUAAGGUCGACGAAAAUUCGCAAUCGAUGCCACUCGCGACAUCCUAUCGAAAAUACGAAGUGAGUCCGACAGAUCGAAUCCAGGAACGUGUCAAAAAACACUAUUAUAAUCAGCACAGGCAACAAACGGUUCAGUUUGUGAAAAACAUGCACUACAAAUGGCUACGAUUCACACAUGCUGAGAUGGGAGUGUUAGAGUGUAUGGACCUCUUGAAUGAAUUCGUGGAUGACAGCGAUCCAGAUGUGGAUAUACCGAAUAUUAUUCAUGGUUACCAAACGGCCGAGAAAUUACGAGCGAUACAUCCGGAUAAGCCGUGGUUGCAUUUAGUUGGAUUAAUUCAUGAUCUUGGUAAAGUGAUGAGCGUUUGGGGGGAGCAUCAGUGGGCAGUUACAGGUGACACUUAUCCAGUGGGAUGCAUGCCUGCUUCCUCGGUCGUUUACGGACUCGAAAGUUUUGCUGGUAAUGAGGACCUUGAAAAUCCGCACUACAACACAGAGCUUGGCAUGUACAAAGAAAGAUGUGGUUUGGACCAUCUCCUAAUGACCUGGGGUCACGAUGAAUACCUCUAUCAGGUUCUCAAAAAUCACAAAUCAACACUGCCAGAAGAAGGUCUUUACGCGAUAAGAUUUCACUCGUUUUAUCCCUAUCAUAAUAGUGGCGAUUAUCAAAUUUUUCAAACAAAAAAAGAUGUGCGGUUGCUUCCAUCGAUUUUGGAGCUCAAUGAAUGCGAUUUGUAUUCGAAAAGCGAUGAGAUUCCUGAUAUUGAAUCACUGAAAGAAUAUUAUCAAUCGUUAGUCGACAUUUACGUACCUGGAGUGGUCAAAUGGUGA